CUCAGUGUCUGAGCUGUUCCAGAUCGCCUGGAGUCUCAGCCUCUGUGACUGAAGUUUGGGGUCUCUGGAAAGCUGUCACUGGGAGUCUCUGCCCUGUGGAUGCUGAAGGAUUCCCAGUCCCUGGAUAACUGCAUUCAGAAGACCCUCUCCUCCCUCUACCAUCCCUUCGAGUCCACUGCUGCCACGGUGCUGUGCCAAGUCUUGGAUGUUGUGGAGAAGACCUACCGUGGAGACGGCCUCAGUUACCUCAUCGACUUCCUCAUCCCAGCCAAACGAGUCUUGCAGGGACUACAGCAGGAGGCCUGUUUGCAGUACUGUGGGCUGCUGUUCCGGCAUGCUGGAUGGCCUCUUUGCAUCCAUGACAAGAUUGUCCUGCAGCUGGCUUCCAUCGACUGGAGACUCCUGCAACCUGGAGACUUCUACCUCCAGGUGGUGCCUUAUCUGAAGAAGACUCCAAGGAUUGUCCUAAAAUGUCUUGCGGAGGAUCUACAUAAUGUUAAGGAGGUGGUGCUCCCAGACGCCUCCUACACUUCCAUCUUUACCUCAGAAUGGUUGGAAUUCAUCAACUCCGAACAAAUUGGGCCCUCUCUGGAGAACUGCCUCCUGACAUCUGAUGAGCAGCUCUUCAGGGUACCCUGGGAUAUGAUAGUUCAUCCAGAGUUUGUAGAGAAAACACAGUCAACUGAGAGCCCGGCGAAAGUUUGUGAAACCUCAGAGCUAGUGGCUCACAAAGGGAAUGACGAGUCAGCGGAACCUCACAUGGGAGAUUUGAUGGUCCAGCAAGAAGAGGAAGAUAUUCAUGAAUAUCCAGCUGUCCUUCCUGGUCAGGAUGCAGUGGUUAAUGAUUUGGAUGUCCACACAGAAAUCUCCAGCGAGAUGGAAGGGGAGUAUGUGGAACUACGUGAUAUCAAAGUGCCACGUUUCGGACCUCAGUUGGGAUCCUUAACUCAGUCUAUAGCCUUAAACUACAAAAGCCAGCAGAAAUCAACCCAAAGAGCACAAAGUAACCAGAACUUAAGUAUUUUAAGCAGCCGCAACUGCACUGAGAUACCGGUGUGCCUUCCUUUGCAGCCUCCUGACAAGGUGACUAUUAUGGGGGCCAGUGUGACACACUAUGAUACGAAUUAUGCACAAAAACCAGAGUCCAUUAAUUUGGUGGACGUUGAAUUUGGGGGCCGUGAAUCCCUAUUAUUGUCCGACACCUCUUUGUCUGUCGACAAGGGAGCGAAGGAUUUCCACCAAACGUUUAGUCUGGAAAACGAGGCCUUGCUCGAGGUGUCUGUGGAGGCAGGGGACGCUGAUACAAAAGAGGAGGCUGAUAAUAGCACACAGAGCUGUUUGCAGCCAAGUUCAGAGCCAGAUAAUUAUAGCACAUCAUUAACGUUCCAGGAGGAAAACAGAAGCCACUUUAGAGAGUGCACUGGGGAUGCCUGGGGCAUGACAGAUGCUACACAAGAACCUGUUGUAGAGCAUUCCAGGACACCGGACAGUGAGGUCAUCGAGGCCUUGGAAGCUUCUAAGUCAGGGCUUUCUGAGGCUAGUAAACCCCAGGCAGACACGGAGGAGAGUGACCAAUCCGUGCCUCUGUUACUGAACUCGCUGGAGAGUGACAGCGCUCCUCUGGAAAAUGCAGAGGAUGUGAUAACAGAUGAUAUAAGCGGUCUAGAUCUACAAGACCUAAAACACAGCGAUUUGCCCGCAGCUGAGGAAUCGCCUCAGAUUGUGGAUAUUUGCGGCCAAAGCGUGCAAGAUGCACCAGAAGAAGGACAAGGACUUCACCUUGCUGCUUGUGGGGAGCAACUUGGGGAAGCUGACCCUCAGACUGUUACUGGAGAAGCAACUGACCUGACUGUGGAGACCGGAGAACGGACUGAACCGGAUUCACCAUAUUACUGGGGGGAAGGUGAGCGUUCACCAACAUGCCUACAACACACCAGCAGUCUGCUGUCAGCACAACUACCUCUAGAGACCCUCCAUGAGGAUACUGAGGAGGAGCAGGCCGCAAACGCUGACUCUCUGUCUGAUAGCACAGAUGCUGCUGGUGGAGAGGAGCCUGCGCCUUCCACAGCACAGAGCAGUGAUCAGGAGAGGACGCAGGAGAAGAGACCACAGAGGGAUCAGUCGCUGUCAUGGAGGCAAGGCCCGGGCUCCCCAGGUGUCUUGAGGAGGAGGGAAGGCCAGACCCUCCCCACUCGGGUCAGAGAUGUCAACCUGGAAGUGCUAGUGAGCGGGAUGGUGUAUGUGCCUGGGACACGGGACAGGAGUGGACGCUCCCUGGUGAUAAUCAACACUCGGAACACGUGCUGGCUAAACCCGUACUGCAACGCCUCCGAACUGGGGCGUCUCUUGCUGUACUUCUACAGCACUGUACGGAGAGACUGCAGAAUGCUGGGUCUGACGCUGCUAGUGGAUGCCCGGAGGUGCUCCCCUGUGCCCGCCUUAUUUAAAGCCCUUCAUAUGGUCCAGGCUGCUGUGCCAGGCUGUAUCCAUGGGGUGUUACUCCUGGCAGAGAAGGAUCUUGUCCUGUCACUGGAGAGGCCGCAGGGAGUGCAGUUUGAUAUUCUGACGUCGACAAAGUCUCUGCACAAGCACAUCGAGGCCUCGCAGCUCCCGCCCACCUUUUAUGGACCGUUUCCGUACUCUCACCAGGACUGGCUGGCAUUCCGAACGAAGUUGGAGAACUUGCAGGACAGCUGCUGCGACGCCUGCGUCUUUCUGCAGAACGCUAUCCAUAACAUGCACAGCAGCUUCGUACCGGAGAAGGCUGAGGAGGCCAGACUGCAGCUGACCAGGUUCGGAGAGUUGAUGAGGACGGUCCUGGAGGACACGAGACUGGUGAAGCUGCAGACAGAAGGGGGCGCUGUCCUGGCCAGACUGAGGAAGGAGGAGUCCUGUGUUAUGCUGACGGAGGAUUACAGGGAAGCGGUGGACAUGGCGGCGGAGCUGUACAACCGGGUGGAUGAGGGGGUGCACAGUCUGGUGAGGCUUUCCAACAAGCGUAUUCAUGACUUGGAGCUGGUGAAGGAGGUUGAGGCAUUUGAAGAGCGAUUUCAGGAGGUUGGCGGCUGGAUAGAGAAUGUUGGCGAACGGUUACUUGGCGAGUGUAGUGUUCUAGAGGAUUCUUUGGAGGUCCUCCUUCAAACGCAGAGACACUUCCAGGAGUUUGACGGCGUGGCAUGUGAGUACUGCAGACGCGGCCAGGAGAUGCUACAGUCCAUGGACAAAUGGCAGGACCUCUCGUCCCCUGAGGUGCAGAAGUGCACGGAGAAGAUACAGAGGUGUAAGGAGAAGGUGGGAGAUUUCUCCAGGAGGCUCGAGGAGUGUCGGAACAGGCUGGAGAAGACCGUCCGGCUGUAUCAGUUUUUCGACAAGGCGUAUGAAUGGGCUCUGGAAGGGAUGCGACAUCUUGCCGCCAUUAGUUUUGAUGACUGUAACUCCCCUGAGCUCUGCGCCGGUGCUGUAGAGAGUCUGGAGAAGUACCAGGUGCAGCACCCGGAGAUCGGAGAGAAGAAGUUCGAAGAGAUGAGGGAGCUUGCCUACGAGUUGAAGAGCGAGAAGGGGGCCAAGCAGUGGAAGUUUGCAUGGUCAAAGUGCCAGGAGGCCAGGCAAGUCUUCGAGAAGAAAUUGGAGGCGGCCCUGAGGGCGAAAGGCUCGUUAUCCGGGGACCAGAGCUCUCCUAGAUUGCUUUCCCAUCGGAGAAAUUCGGACGCUGUAGACCGCAAAGUGCCUUAUUUCCUAAACGAGCCUAAAUCCCCCCAGUGCAGCAGGGUGAGGAGGCUGGGCAGAGUCCUCUGUAACCGACCAGAGGUGGGAAAUACAACAGACCAGAUUCCAUAUGCGGCGAGCCCAUUUGGCUCAACUACCAGCUCUAUCGCAUCAUCCGCUUUCAGAGUGCGUAAGCUGUCCCUACAGAGUGUCCCCGGGGAGGACCUUCACCUCCAUUUACUCCAGCAGGUGCCUUCUGGGUCUUCCACGCCAACUCCAUGUCGCCCCAUGGGCAGAAGGUUAUUGAGGAAGGCACAGAGUUUUGACCUUCCUGGAAGUGAUGUGGGAAGUCACGGGUGCCAGAGGCGGUUGAGCGAGCCUGGCAGGCGUGGUAACACUGGUGUGUUCAUUAAAGGGCUGGAAGUAAGCAGCACAGAACUGGCAGACAGGCCCUGCAGCCCCCGACAGCCGCCCCCCCUGGACUGGUCAGCAGAGCGACUGCUUAGAGAUCGGAGGAGUAGCGUCUCGUCGGCGGACGGGAGGAGCCGCAGCAGUAAGCUCCGGCACAUCAUCGAUGAGAUGGUGACCACAGAGAGGGAAUACGUGCGAUCCCUCUGGUACAUCACUGAGAACUAUUUCCCCGAAAUGGAUCGCAUGGACCUCCCCCAGGACCUCCGCGGGAAAAGGGGCAUCAUCUUUGGCAACCUGGAGAAGCUGAGGGACUUCCACAGCCAGUAUUUCCUGAAGGAGCUGGAGAGCUGCUGCAACCACCCUCUGCGUGUCAGCCACUGCUUUCUCCGACACAAAGACCAGUUUGGGAUGUACGCCUUAUACAGCAAGAAUAAGCCCCGGUCCGACUUGUUACUAGCCAGCCACGGGAACAUAUUCUUUAAGAAUAAGCAGCGGCAGCUGGGAGACAAGAUGGACCUGGCCUCGUAUCUGCUGAAGCCCAUCCAGCGAAUGAGCAAGUACGCUCUGCUCCUGAAGGACCUGAUCAAGGAGUGCAGCGAGGCUCAGGAACAGGAGCUGGUGUACCUGCGCGCCGCCGAGGAAAUGGUGAAGUUCCAGCUCCGUCACGGCAAUGACCUCCUAGCCAUGGACGCCAUACGGGACUGUGAUGUGAAUCUAAAGGAACAAGGGCAGCUGGUGAGACAGGACGAAUUCACAGUGUGGUUGGGCCGGAGGAAGUGCCAGAGACACGUCUUCCUGUUCGAGGAUCUCAUCUUAUUCAGCAAGCCCAAGAGGAUUGAAGGGGGACUGGAUGUCUACAUAUACAAACGCUCAUUUAAAACAGCAGACAUCGGCCUGACAGAGAAUUCCGGAGACAGCGGGCUGCGCUUUGAAAUUUGGUUCAGGCGACGUAAAUCCAACGACACACACAUUCUCCAGGCGAGCAACGCCGACAUCAAGCAGGCCUGGACAAUGGACAUUGCUAAAAUCCUCUGGCAGCAGGCGACCAGGAAUAAGGAGGUCCGCAUGCAGGAAAUGGUCUCUAUGGGUGUUGGCAACAAGCCGUUUCUGGACAUAAAGCCAAGUGACGCAGCAAUUAACAACCGCGCUAUUGAUUACAUCAUGAAGGGGAGAGGUGCCAGGACCAGGGCGUCUAUUGCGGUGUCCUUAUUUGAUCAUUCAGAUCCUUACAAAAGGACCCAGGCCCCCAUCACUUGCAGCUCUGUGCCCUCUGCUUGCGGACCCUCCUCGGCUUCACUGCUGGGUCCCCUAAACCUGCAUAUGUAUGUCAAUCAGACCCUUCUGCCCGGAGUUCUCUCCGCCAACAGACCCUUUGAGACGAGCAGCUGCCUGGAGGAAGACGAGUUGGAGAAUGAGACGAGUUGCAGUCAGCCUUCCAUGACCACAGAGAGCUCGGAGUCCUCGCAGUGCAUGUCUGGUGCUGGAUCCAGUGGCUCGGACAGCGGCUGCGUCUCCAGUAUUCCGCAGGACAACCUGUCUGAAGAUGCCGGUUCUCCCUGCGAUGCCUCGGCACAGUACACCUUUCCAGAGAGGAGGAACAGUUCCAGCAUCAUCUCCCCGGUUGUGGAAAAAUCCAGAUUCAUCAACCGCCAAUACAUUUCCGCAAACCCACGUCACAUUUCCCUCAGUCCUUCCACCAUAGUCUGAGCUUCUUCCUAACAUCCAUCAGUCUGAACAAGUCAGGACUCCAGGACGCUUAGGUUUUUCCAAGUGGAGAAUCGCAGCCGCCACUUGUCUACCUGGAUUCCCAGCCGCUGCCUCCAGACAUCGUGAACCCUCUGUUCCCAGAGAUGAUGAGUUAGUGGCUUGUUAAUGUGUAACAGGCCUCUCUCCCUGUAUAUAGUUUAUUAUACCAGCAGAGGGGGUCAGCCAGGAACUUCGCUGCAGGACCUCCAGGUGAUUCAUCUACCUGUUAAGCUGCACAGUUUGUACAAUUUAUUGAAAAAAACAUUUUUUGCUAAAUAGAUAUUUAAAUAACAAAGGUCAUUUUUUCAUGUUGAAGUGGAAUUUGAUGUGCGUCUUAUUUUGUUAUAGUUGUUACCAAACUAGAAAUAAUUUAUUUACUGGAGAUAAUGUUAAAAUCUGAAUAAAACAGGUUUAUCUCA